UCCUCGUACAGUCUGUGGGUGGUGUGCCGUGGAGAUCAUAAGCAAAGCAGAAAAGCAGCGACAUUUUUGUAUGCAUAUUUGCUUUUGCUUUCAGCGGCGACAGUGAGGGUUUACGGAUCUCCGUCCAGGGCGGAUUGUGCAAUGUCAUGAUUCCAGACUAACGCCCUCCACACCCCGCUUCCCCGCCGCCCCGAUGCUCCUCCUUAGGAACUGACUGGGCCAGCUGUGCGAGGGGCGGCCACGCUAGAAACCCGGCUCCAGAGCCCUGCUCGGGGAAUCAAAGGCAGAAGGGAUUCGAUUGCUGGUUUGUGGAAUAAGGAGGAAAGCGGAUUUCUCUUCUUGUAUACAGGAGGACAGUAUUUUCAGGCGUGGAAAAAGAGCUGCCUUUGAACCCGGACGCCGUGGCCCCAGUGAGAUGUGACCCUCCAGGCCUUCUGAGAGAAAAUAACUCGCACACCCAGCACUCGCAAAAGCAAGAUCUCUGCUUUUUGUUUUCCCCCGUAUAACGAUGCUGAAGCAACAGUCUGACACAGCCCCAGGAAGCGUUUCUUCCUCACGCGGUCCCAGUCUCCCUGGAUCACCGGCUAUCUCCAUCGUGGCAAGAAUGGACAAUCAAGUCAUAGGUUACAAGGACCUGGCGGCGAUACCAAAGGACAAAGCUAUCCUGGAGGUCGAACGGCCAGACCUAAUGACCUACGAGCCCCACUUCAGCUUCUCCGCACUGGACCGGACCGAUGUGUCUCGGAGCCGGGAGAGGUCCAUGUCGCCCCACUCCAUCUCACCCCCGCCCUCUCCUGAGCAUGUAUCUGCAUGCAAGGAGACCAAGGAGUGGGUGGAGGAGGGAUCUCCAGGGAGCUCCUUGGCGGGAUCUACAACCCAGAUCCGCAAAGUAAGCGCCACCAAAGCCCCCCCACAGCAUUUCCACAGGCCAGAUAACGGUACAAACCUAUACAAGAAGCCCCCUAUUUACAAGCAUGCCGCACACGGCAAGCACGUGGAGGACAUCAUCAUCGAGUCGUCCAAGUUCCCUGCCGCCCAGCCACCUGACCCCAACCAGCCCUCUAAGAUCGAGACGGAAUACUGGCCCUGCCCCCCCUCACUGGCUGCUAUCGAGACGGAGUGGAGAAAAAAGAAGGUUGUGGAAGGCACAACCGUGGAGGAGGAAGAUGAGGACAACCCGAUGGAGAUGGAAAGGAGAAAGAAGCAAGAAGAGGAGCUUAGUAAGAUCCAGUCCAACCUAGGAAGGCUGAUCCUGAAGGAGGAAAAGGAGAAGGCUGGCCCCAUCCGCAGAAAAACGCGCUCGCUGCCUGAUCGGACACCAGCGGCAGUAGGACAGUCAUCCAGCUCCCUCAAGUGCUCCUCUCUGGCCGCCUGCAGCAGAGGUGGUCUCACUCGGCUUCAGUCUGCUGAGUUUGCAUCCUCUAUUGGUGAAAAGGUGCAAUCAGGUGUACAGAAUGGAGAGUCUCAGAGGGGCAGGAUGGACAGAGGAAACUCUCUGCCCAGCAUACUGGAGCAGAAGAUCUAUCCUUAUGAAAUGCUGGUUGUGACCAACAGGGGGCGCAAUAAGCUCCCACCUGGGGUUGACAGGACAAGACUGGAGAGACAUCUGGCUCCUGAAGAGUUUGAGCAGCUGUUCGGAAUGUGCAUUGAGGAAUUCGACCGGCUGUCACUCUGGAGACGGAACGACCUCAAGAAGAGAGUAUCACUCUUUUGACUGGAGUGGGGGGCUCGCUCCGCAUAAGCACCUCCAACUCUUUCAUGGGGGGGGGGGGGUCAAACAAAUUUAAAACCCAAUGCAAAAUCAGGAAAAGGACCAGAUAUCUUGGGUGGCACUGCCCUAUUCAACAAGUCAUAACACAUUAAUAACUAAAGAUGGGUUCGUAAAAGACAUUUAUAUAGAAAACAACCAUAUUCAGUCGUAUUGAAGGUCAACGCCACUGUAUCUUGUCUCUCGUCUGUGUAACUGCAGCUGCCAGGCAUAUGGGAAUAAUAGGUCCUUGUCGUGCGGAGAGCGCUUUACGUCCGUCCAGCCCUGCCUGGCAGCGCAUGUAAGAGUAAUGAAAGGUGAGGGGACCAGCCAGGAAGCCUCAAUUUAAAGGCUUCGCAAACCAACCACAAUGCUUGGUCCGCAGCCAGUGCAUCUCACUCGGGGUAAUACCACUGUAAGGGAAUGGGCGAUGAAAACGCUGGACCUCGCCUUUAAAAUAUCUAGCUUAGCGACUCUGUGUUAGUGCAUCGGCUGAAACGUAUAAAGCACUAUACUAUAGUUAUGUUGUUAACACCUGAAAUCUCAGCGCAGUCACACGCGUCGUUACCUUUAACAACUUCAUGCAGGUGGAUUCAUAUCUUGGUGGAAUACUUUCUGUUUGUUCAUCUGAUUUUUGAUGUGUAUUUACAUCUACAAAAUAGCCUAAAAAUGUUUAUUUAAAAUAACAUCAGUUAACAUUGAUUAAACUUGUUUUUGGACGUGA